CGUCGCUUGCUAGAGCACGAAGAGAGAGAGAGAGAGAGAGAGAGAGAGAGAGAGAGAGAGCGGCGAAGGGCGAACCCGGCGUCCCGGCGAUGGAGUUCGUGGACGCCCUCACCGGCUUCCGCAUCGAUGGGCGCCGACCCAACGAGAUGCGGAAGCUCAAGGGCGAGGUCGGCGUCGUCGCGCGGGCCGACGGGUCCGCGCUGUUCGAGAUGGGCAAUACUAGGGUCAUAGCCGCCGUCUACGGCCCUCGAGAGGUCCAGAACAAAGGUCAGCAAGUGAACAGCAAAGAGGCUUUGGUUCGUUGUGAGUACAGGAUGGCAGAAUUUAGUACAGGAGAUCGGAGAAGAAAGCCGAAAGGUGACAGGCGAUCAACAGAAAUUUCUCUUGUUAUUCGACAGACAAUGGAGGCAAGCAUAUUAACAGAUUUAAUGCCACGUUCACAGAUUGAUAUAUUUGUCCAAGUUCUUCAAGCUGAUGGUGGAACAAGGUCAGCAUGCAUCAAUGCCGCAACACUAGCUCUUGCAGAUGCCGGGAUUCCAAUGCGAGACAUUAUCACGUCUUGUAGUGCUGGGUAUCUGUGUUCCACUCCUUUGCUUGAUCUGAAUUACGUAGAAGACAGUGCUGGGGGUCCAGAUGUCACAGUUGGUAUUCUUGCAAAGAUGGACAAAGUGACUCUUCUUCAGAUGGAUGCAAAAUUACCGAUGGACACAUUUGAAAACGUAAUGGAACUUGCCAUAGAAGGGUGCAAAGCAAUUGCGACAUACAUCCGAGAGGUGCUAUUGGAGAACACAAAGCGGCUGGAGUGUCAGCGUGGUUAAUUUUAAAAGUUAAGAGACUAUAGGAAGAUUAAUAGCCUGAACAUGUUGAAGAUUGCUACCCAUAAAUGGACAUCACUCAUUGUGUAAAAGGCUUGCUAAUUGAGGAUGAAUGGCUUCAGUGCAGUGCAGUUGGCAUGAAAUUCCUGAGCUUGACUCGCAUCAUCUGAUGAUAACGGAUUUCUAGGACGCAGGUUUCCUGAGAUGGACUCACUUGUAGAAACUUGAUUGACUCUUUCCUUGAAAACAAACAGCAACAUCUUCAUUUUCACCAGUUGUACCAAUUGAAAUAGGUGCAUUUUUUGCGCCCUGGUAAGAGCUUGUACUGAAUGCAUCAGGCCGGUCACUAGCUGUCUAAUUCUUCUGAAAGCUUAUCUCCUCAGAAAGCAAGUUGUGGUUACUCCUGAAAGCU